AUGUCAAGAAGAUACGAUUCUAGAACCACUAUAUUCUCACCAGAAGGUAGAUUAUAUCAAGUUGAAUAUGCACAAGAAGCUAUAUCAAUGGCAGGUACAGCUAUAGGUAUAUUAUCUACAGAAGGUGUAGUAUUAGCUUGUGAAAAGAAAGUGACUUCAAAAUUAUUAGAUGAUGAUGGAAGUGCAGAAAAAUUAUAUAUUAUAAAUGAUCAAAUGUUAUGUGCUGUUGCAGGUAUGACAGCUGAUGCUUCUAUUUUAGUUAAUAAUGCUAGAGUAGCAGCUCAGAGGUACCUCAAGACUUACAACGAGCAAAUACCUUGUGAAAUGUUAAUUAAUAAAGUAUGUGAUAUAAAACAAGGUUAUACACAACAUGGUGGUUUAAGACCAUUUGGUGUUAGUUUUUUAUAUGCUGGAUAUGAUGAUAGAUAUCAAUUUCAAUUAUUUACUUCAAAUCCAAGUGGAAAUUAUAGUGGUUGGAAAGCAACAAGUAUUGGAGCAAAUAAUUCAGCGGCACAAACUUUAUUAAAAAAAGAUUAUAAAGAUGAAAUUUCAUUAAAAGAAGCUUGUGAAUUAGCUAUAAAAGUUUUAUCAAAAACAAUGGAUGCAUCAAAUAUAAAUAGUGAAAAAUUAGAAUUUGCAACUUUAAGUUUAAGUUCAAAAGAAGAAGGUAAAAUUAUACAAAAAAUUUGGAAUGAUAAAGAGAUUGACUUAUUAAUUAAAACAACUGGAGUUUUAAAUGACAAAUCAACAGGAGAUGAAUGA